AUGAAGAAACAAGCGACGUUGGGUCGGUAUUUUAGUUCUCUGAAGCGACCACAGGAAGAUGAACAUGGCGAUGAUAUUGCUAAGAAAUCCAAGUUAGAGACGUACAAAGGGACGAAGGAGCUUCUGUCGAAUGAUUUGGGUUUGACUAAUAGUAGUCAGCCGAAGUUGAGUGUCGGGGAGGCUGAGAAUACUGGGGCUGAGAAGCUACCCGUGAAUCCGGUUGCAGCUGCACUGCAGCCGGAUAAGCAUGGAACAGACGUGCCAUAUGCGUCGCUGUGCAGUGUUUAUGAGGAAAUUGAGGGGAUUUCGUCUAGGUUGUCGAUUAUAAAGCUGUGUUCUGAUUACUUAUACAGGAUUCUGGAGCAGCGCAGGGAGAAUUUGAUCCCGGUUACAUAUCUGUUUAUUAAUAGGCUGGGACCAGACUACGAGCCAGGACUGGAACUAGGCCUGGGAGAAGGGAUACUGAUAAAGACCAUUGGGGAGGCUUAUGGUAAGUCUUUGGCGCAGGUGCGCAAUAGUUACCGUGAAUGCGGAGACUUAGGCACUGUCGCACAACAAGCGCGAAUGGUGCAACCCACAAUGUUUAAGCCUAAACCAUUGUUAGUGAACGAAGUAUUUCAAAAUUUGCAAAAUAUUGCGAAAGCUGAAGGUAAGGACUCGCAGAAUAAGAAGAUCAGGUUGAUAAAAAAGAUGCUUACUGCAUGUCAGGGCGUCGAGGCGAAGUUUUUGAUUAGGUCCCUAGAAUCCAAACUGCGUAUAGGGCUUGCAGAGAAGACGGUGCUUAUAUCACUUUCUAAGGCAAUGUUGCGACAUGAGCGGAAGGGUAAAGAGCCGAGUCCUGAAGAAGUGGAGUCUGCUGAGCAAAAGAUUAGGGAUGCAUUCUGCCAGGUACCAAAUUACGAGAUUGUUAUCAAUUCCGCACUAGACCAUGGCAUAAUGAAUCUCGACCAGCAUUGUGUCCUUAAACCGGGCAUACCUCUAAAACCGAUGCUUGCAAAACCUACUAAAUCUGUGACUGAGGUCCUUGACAGGUUUCAGAACCAGAGAUUUACUUGUGAAUACAAGUACGAUGGAGAACGUGCUCAAGUUCAUUUGCUGCCUGACGGGUCCAUGCGUAUCUACUCUCGUAAUGGAGAAAAUAUGACGGAAAGGUAUCCAGAACUUAAGAUUCGAAACUUCUUGAAAACCCCUGAGUCCACGAAUAGCAUGAUUCUUGAUUGUGAAGCUGUUGCGUGGGACAAGGAACAAAACAAAAUCUUGCCAUUCCAGGUAUUAAGCACCAGAAAACGGAAGGGUGUCGAACUCAAGGACGUUAAAGUCCGUGUCUGUCUGUUUGUAUUUGAUAUUCUCUGCCUAAAUGGUGAACCACUGAUCAAUUUCUCUCUUGCAGAGCGCCGUGAACGUCUUACGGAAACAUUGCAGCCUGUUCCUGGAGAAUUGCAGUAUGCCAAUGAGAUUACAACGGCAAGUCUUGAGGAACUGCAGAAUUAUCUUGACCAAUCUGUAAAGGACUCAUGCGAGGGGUUAAUGGUCAAGAUGCUUGAUGGCGAAGAAUCACACUACGAGCCUAGUAAGCGUUCAAGAAACUGGCUGAAGCUUAAAAAGGACUACCUUGCAGGUGUAGGCGACUCGCUUGAUCUCGUGGUACUAGGGGCAUACCAUGGAAGGGGUAAAAGAACAGGUACAUACGGAGUGUUUCUACUUGGAUGUUACAACCCUGACUCUGAAGACUUCGAAACUUGCUGUAAAAUUGGAACGGGUUUCAGUGAAGAUGAUCUCCAAUCACUACACGACAAACUCAAAGAUACAAUUAUAGAGUUCCCAAGAGGCAAUAUUUUAUACGACGAAUCUUCCCCACCGGACGUUUGGUUUCAACCGUCACUCAUCUUCGAAGUCCUAACUGCAGACCUGUCCCUGUCGCCAGUUUAUAAAGCAGGUUGUCAUGUCUACGACAAGGGAAUUUCGUUGAGAUUCCCUAGAUACCUGAAGCUUAGGGAAGACAAAACCCCUACGGAGGCUACAACCUCAGAACAGGUUGUAGCCCUCUAUGAGAAUCAAUCCCAAUUACAGUCAAAAGCUUCAUAA